GCUAAGGUUUUGGAGCGCGAAGCGGAAGUGCCUGUUGCCUUACACCCCAGUUCGUCCUAACUGUGCUGCAAUUCCGUUGUUCUGGGCCGUCCCCUGCGCGAGCCCGCAGCCCAGCUCUACCAUGAGCCGGCUCAGCCGGCUCCAGAGGCAAGUUCUGAGCCUGUACCGCGAGCUGCUGCGCGCCGGGCGCGGAAAGCCCGGCGCCGAGGCGCGGGUGCGGGCCGAGUUCCGGCAGCAUGCCUGCCUGCCACGCUCCGACGUACUGCGCAUUGAAUACCUGUACCGCCGCGGGCGGCGCCAGCUACAGCUGCUACGCGACGGCCACGCCACGGCCAUGGGCGCCUUCGUGCGCCCGCGGGGCGCGAUCGAGGAGCCCAGCGGCGCCAGGGCCCGCAAGGCCCCUCUUGAGGAUGGUGACGGUACGAGGAGCCCGCUCGACGGAGUGGAGUCACCGGGGACCCCGCCCAAUGGUCGGUGACAGGCAGAAGAGCUCACCAGAUGACACAGAAGAACCUAGGGUCCUGCCUGACAGCGUGGAGAGGACCAGGGAACCCGCCUGAUGGAAGAUGAGAGGUCUUGAGAAACUGGCUCGAUGUAUUGGGAAAAUCAGAGAGCCCUCCCGGCGACGGGGGUGUCCAAAGACCACUGUGAUGGAUGGCGAGAGAUGUCCGACCUUGUCCAAUCCGUGGUAACUUGUCGGACUUCCCUAUGAGGACUUGGGGCGGCCAGGGUUGCCAGCUGGCUGUGUCAAGCUGAGAGCUACUUACUUGAAGGCAUGGGGAGCCAGGAUGUCCCCGUUGGACGGAAGGAGACUGGUACACCCUUCUCUUGACCCGUGGUUCAUGAACUCCCCUCUCUGUGUUUAAAUCUGAGAGGAGCAAACUUUUUGCUGUGGAAUUUGA